UUGAAACAUACAUCAUUUUCACAUAGUGAUACCAGGAAAUUUUGCGUGCCUUGAAACUGAAGACGCUAUCAACGAAGGUGACAGUGUUAUGGGGAAAAAAAUAUUCCUUCUCUUUCUGGGUCAAGGAGAAAAGAACUAUGUAGGGCACUAUAUAAAGGGAUCGUCAUGAAAACUUUCUUGAUUUAUCGGUUUAAUCUGAGGACGAACCUGCAUCGGGUUCAAGAGACGAGUAUUUGAUCAACGUGGAUUUGUGAGGAAUGGGGUCGGGUGGCGGAGAGGCGCCUGCCGGGGCGGACGCCGCAGUGCAUGAGGACGCCAUCGCGUCGGUCAUCGGCGACUUUGGGCGGUGGCAGUUGCGAGUGGCGCUGUUGUCUUCGCUGUGCGCCGUCUUCACUGCGUGGUCCACCUUGAGCAUUGCCUUCCUGGCGCCCAAAGUGGACCAUUGGUGCGCCAAACCUGACCAGGGACCACAUGCUGGGCUCAGUGACGCUGAGUGGAAGCAGCUUGCCAUUCCCACAGCUGAGUCAGAG